UUCUCUUAUUGUUUUGGGAGAUUUACUCGCGCGCGGAUUAAUUGCCCAGAAAAUAAUAAAAAGCAAACAGAAACACUGGCGGUCCGUCAACUAAUCACACCACUACUAAAUUUACGUAACGCAUUUCGACGGGCUUUUGUAGUCGGAAUGUCAUCAAAACCACAAUACAGUCUAAGCGAGGUGGACGGUGACCUUUUCUCCGCCCCCAAGGACUAUUCACUGGCCCAUUGUGUGGGCGCCGAUCUUGCAAUGGGUGCUGGAAUCGCAGUGCAGUUCAAGAAGGUCUACGGCAAGGUGGACGAACUGAAAGCCCAACAAGCAGGCAGUGGCGAUGUAGCGGUGCUUAAGGAUGACCAGCGCUACAUAUACUAUUUGGUAACCAAGUCUCAAAGCUGGGGAAAACCCACCUACGAAUCUCUGCAGGCAUCCCUGGAGCAAAUGCGGGAGCACAUGCGCCAUAACAACGUGGAUAAGCUGGCUAUACCACGAAUAGGCUGCGGCAUCGAUGGCUUGGAGUGGGACAAAGUCAGUGGAGUUCUAGAGUACGUUUUUGGCCAGGAACCGCUGGAGAUUGUGGUCUACAACUUUGUUCCACCGCAGAACAAAUAAUGGAAUAUUUAUGCAUAUUUUGUGCCAUUUACUUCUGAGCUUUAAAAUUAUAAACAACCAGUUCCACUGCAUCGGAUUGGAAAACCGUG